GAGCAUGCUUUGAUAGUAGCAGCUGAUGAUAAGAAUACUUCUACGAACAAAAGGUGCCAUCCGAGAGGACCGAGCUUAGUGCAAUGUGCUCAUGACACUUUCCUACUUCGUGAAGAAAGCAAUAUGGGAGCAUCGUUGUUUUGCGCCGAUGCGUCAGCCCGCGCACCAGCGGAGAAAGCGCCUGAUGUCUUCCGGUAUCUCAUUGAGCCACGAGAUGUCGAAAAACGUUGUAUCUUUUGUGCAAUCGCGAAUGGCCGGAUGAAUUAAGGACAUGAAGAACGAGAAGUGGACGUUUGUAAUAAGAAUCAAGUCACUUGCCACAAUUCGCUAUCUAGCUAGGAACCUCCACCCAGAGAAUUCACUCAUCAUUUGAUGACGUGAAUCUAUUCGGCAAUCUGCCUAAGAUUUCCCUGGCGACUUCUACCCUCGUCAUUUAUGCCGAAAGAUAGAAGGUAGCCGCUACUUGUCUCUGGUCUUUCUCCUUCUCGGCGUGUCUAAUCGAUUCCUGGCAAGAAUCGAGGUGGCGCGUUGUUGUACCAGGAUGAAUUUGUGAGUGCGUUUGACGAUAUUGAGCCGGGAGCUCAACGCCAUGUCCUGAUUGUGCCACGGAAGCAUGUAAAGAACUGUUGGGCCGACAACUUCGAUCCUGCGCUACGUCGGCAUAUGGCGCAGGUCGGAUGGAACUUGGCACGUGGGGACUUCCUGACCGACCAACCACAGUCACGCAUGAUGGAGAUGAAUCCGACGAACAGUGAUUUCGUGGAGGAACGAUCGUCAAGAUCACCAGGAGAUGCAAGCAGCGAAGUGACUGCCAAAUCAUCAGUAGAACAACAGCCGGAUUUCUCUUCAGAUAAUAGCAUGUUCCGCAUGUUUUACAUCCGGCCACCUUGGAAUAGCGUGUAUCACGUGCACUUGCAUGUGAUGCGACUACCACUGCGGGAUGAUGUGCCUUUUUUGCUUAAGAAAUUGACGUCUUAUCAUAUUGAUUCAUCUGUCGCUGUGGUCUGCGAGCAUUAUACUGCGAAGGUUAUACUGAACCUUGUUUACCUUCGUUCCAGCUACGUCUAACCUCCGGCGUCUCGGUUUUAGCAGUCCACGGUUUCAUAUAACGCCAGAAGAUGUGGAACGGGAACGGGCGGACGGGGUACCAGAUUUUUCUAUUGGAAAUACUACCGCCGCAAGCUGUCCUACGUCGCGUCUCUAAGCGGUACAUUUUCCGGGAAUCUCAUGCAAGGCCUGUACGCGGAAGGAGACGGACGCGGCGAAGCAAGUAUGAUCUCUGUAUAAGUCUACGCAUGAUGAUGAUAGGGGAGCGAGUAUGGAACAGCAAUUUAUUUGGGUUGACGAUCUGUUACGAAAUUUCGCUCCUACCUAUGUUCGGGCGCUGUCGAAGAAAGGUUUUGUCCUGUCUGCGGCGGUUUUCUUUGUUGGACAGACGCGCUACGCGAACGCUAGUUACGAUUUUCACACGUCAUUCUUUCGCAUUGCAGAAGCUGCAUUUGUUAAACGGCUUGGGAUUCUAUCUAAACUGGACGCAAACAAUACAUGUGUAGUCAUCAGCACGAAGCCUCGACUUGCUCUUUCACAUUUUUGACCUCUUGAAAUAUAGCGUCGCGUUUCAGACGACAGCCUUGCUUUUGUAUUCAGCUGUACUAGCAAGCAACAGUGUCUGCUUAAGCCACGCGGCGAAGAACUAAGG